AUGAUAGACAGGAGAAAGAUUCGUGUGCUUGUGUUGAGUGAGACCAAGUGGACGGCAAAAACCUCUAAAUUCUUGAGAGACAUUGACCAAGUUACAGAUGAGAACUUUGUGAGUGAAAGGAUAAUUAGAUCAAGGGUGAUCUUGGGAAAGAAUAGUUUUACUAUACUCCAAGUGUAUGCACCCCAGAAAGGGUGGGGUGAGGAAGAAAAAAGGAAAUUCCAGGAAGAACUGGAAGACCAAGUAAGAGAAGAUAACAUUGUAAUGAAUGGGGAUAUGAAUGCUCAGAUGGGCACGGAUAGAAAUGAAUAUGAGGAGGUGAUGGGUCGUUUUCGAUAUGGAAGUCGAAAUGUUGAGGGUGAAGAAAUUCUAAGUCUGUGCAUAAAUAAUCGUCUUUUAAUGAAGAAUACAUUCUUCAAGAAACAUGAUAGCCAUGAGAUUACUAGACAUGGCUGGGAUGGAAAAUCUAAGACAGUUAUAGACUAUAUACUAACAGACAAAUUAAUUGGAGGAAAAGUAAAAGACUCUAAAGUCAUACAAAGUGAGUACUUGGAUAGUAACCACAGGUUACUAGUAGCUGACCUAAAUUGUAAGAUAAAAAGUUUGAAUGCUGUACAAAGAAUGCCAAAAAUUAAGGAGUGGAAGAUGAAAGAAGAAGAAAAUAAGAAAAGUUUCCAAAAUCUAGUAGCACAAAAAUUGCCAAAAACUGAAAGGGAUAGUGAGGAGGAAGAGUGGAACCUAUUUAAAACAUCAAUAGUUAACAGUGCUUUGCAGAUAUGCGGCAAAACAAAGAGUAAAAUGAAAGACAAAGAAACCAGUUGGUGGGACGGUAGAGUAAUAGACGCAAAUAAAUAUCGUAAUAUGGCAAGGAAAAACAUGGAGUUUGAAAAAAGAAAUCACAACCAGGUGCUGGUGCCAAAUGAUGAAAGCAAGGUGAAAACACUGGAGAAGGAUUACCAACGAAAGAAACUCCAAGCAAAGAGAAUUGUGAAAGAAGAAAAGGAGAAGAGUUGGGAAAUAUUCAUCCAGGAGCAGAGCAGGAGAGCAAAGGGAACCAAGAACUGUUAUAUAGGUUAA